GACAUACAGCAUAUACAUACAUACAUAUAUACAUCAAAAUAUAUAUUGUAUAUAAGUAUCUGUAGAUUUCGAUUUCGAUUUGGUGCUCCUGCAACAGAAUGAAGAAUCGUCAGAGGCAGCGCCGAAUAUCUCUGAAUGAAUGCCACAACAAGUACAACCACAACCACCACCAUCACCAACAGCAUCAGCAUCAGCAACAGCAACAGCACAUUGAUGUACAAAUAUCUACCAAUACAAAAGAACCCAAUCAAGUCAAUUUAAAUUCAUCGUCAAAGCUGUCGUCGACGAGAGCGGCAGCGGCUGGAGCGGCGGCGGCUGCGGCGACCUCACUGGAGGCUGCUACUGCUGCUGAUGAGGCUACGGCCUGA